GGGUGCGUGUGUGGCAGCCCGGUCCACGCUCGCUCGCUGCCUCACCUGCGGGGAGGGGCCUCCCAGAAACCGCCUUCCCGGUGCCCGGCCACCCCACCUCACCAGAGCCCAGCCAAGCAGCCAGCGAGGACACACACCUGCCGCCCGCCACCUGCCUGCACCGGCCGAGCCCAGCCUGCGCCGGCACCUGCCUUUACGACCAUGUUCAAGGGUCUGAGCAAAGGCUCCCACGGGAAGGGGUCCCCUAAGGGCUCCCCGGCCAAGGGCUCUCCCAAGGGCUCCCCCAGCAAGCACAGCCGGGCUGCCACCCAGGAGUUGGCCCUGCUCAUCUCCCGCAUGCAAGCCAAUGCUGACCAGGUGGAGAGGCACAUCCUGGAGACCCAGAAGAGACUGCAGCAGGACCAGCUGCACAGUGAGCAGAGCCAGGCCCUGCAGCACCAGCAGGAGGUGGGCCACAGCCUGAAGGAGGCCGAGGUGCUGCUGAAGGACCUCUUCCUGGAUGUGGACAAGGCCCGGCGGCUCAAGCACCCGCAGGCCAAGGAGAUCGAGAAGGACAUCAAGCAGCUGCACGAGCGGGUGACCCAGGAGUGUGCCCAGUACCGUGCCCUGUAUGAGAAGAUAGUGCUGCCGCGACGUGGGGCCCAGGGUCGACUGGACGCGUGUGCUGGAGCAGAAACAGAAGCAGGUCUGCGAGGGCCGGUUCGGGCCGGGCAUGCCAGAGCUGGAGGAACAGGUCGCCGAGCACAACAUCCUGCAGAAGGAGAUCGAGGCCUACGGGCAGCAGCUCCGGAACCUCAUCGGGCCGGACGCAGCCACCAUCAGGAGCCAGUACCGGGACCUCCUGAAGGCGGCCUCGUGGCGCGGGCAGAGCCUGGGCAGCCUGUACACGCACUGCAGGGCUGCACGCGCCAGCUAAGUGCCCUGGCCCAGCAGCAGCAGAGCAUCCUGCAGCAGGACUGGAGCGACCUCCUGGCGGACCCCGAGGGCGUGCGGCGGGAGUACGAGCACUUCAAGCAGCACGAGCUGCUGAGCCAGGAGCAGAGCGUGAACCAGCUGGAGGAUGAUGGGGAGCGCAUGAUGGAGCUGGGGCACCCGGCUGUGGGGCCCAUCCAGACCCACCAGGAGGCCCUGAAGAUGGAGUGGCAGAACUUCCUAAAUCUCUGCAUCUGCCAGGAGAGCCAGCUGCAGCACGUGGAGGCCUACCGCCGGGUGAGCCUGGGGGCGGGGGCGCAGGGCCAGGCAGGGGAGACCCCCCGGGCCGGGCCAUCGAGGGGCCACAGGAUGCGUUCACAUGGAGGGAGACAGGGUGCCUCCUAAAAAUGGCAGAGCUGUGUCGUUGUGAAUAGGUCCC